CUGUUGGUGUAAUUUCAUUGGACGAACAUCUAGAGCUACCAACUUGGCGUGUUUUGAAUGAGACGUAUAUAUAUGAUGCCUCAAUUAAGAACCAACGCAGACGGUUCUAGAAGACGGCCACAAGAAACGCACAAAACUCAAGCAGACUGACGCUCUCACACUUGACCUGCGUGAAUGGGGAUCCGACUCGGGACCUGAAUUUCACGUAAGAUGAUGUGCAUUGCGUGUGCGCUGAUCCAGGGCAAGGGUCUACACUACACUGAUUCGGGACCAGAAUGUCAUAGGCCAGGUGCCGAAAUAGGCUUAUUGAGCAACAUAAACCUGGCCCCCGCAGGACGAGGGUUAAGUUCAAGCCCAAGACUCAAGACAUUGACUGACUAGAUUAUAGAUCUUGAUGUAGAUCUACUACUUUUACGCCUAUUGAGUUAGAUCUAGUCAACAUUAGAAGUUAUUAUUGGUACUUUGAUAUCAUUUUUAAAUUGGAGUAACUCGUUAAAUAAGGUCGAAAAUCCCUUUACGUUAAAUAAAACAGUUAAUCGAGUUAAACUGUGUGUAGGCCUCUCUGUACAAAGUGUGUGUGAAACAUGGAGCUGACGGCUGAGUAACUGAGUUCAGUGACAGUAGACUCGGGAGUCAGUUUAUUCUUAGUGAACCAGUGAUCAAAUCAGGCAGUACAAGUAUCAAGAUGGAGGAGGCAAGACUUUAUGCUGGGGAUACAGGUAACUACUACAGUUCUAGGAUAAAAGAACAACUGGGUGGAUCUUUCCAAUACCAAAAUCAUGAUGAUGCUAAUCCUACUACUGUUGUUGAAGAUGGACUUGUUGCUAUUUCUAAAUCUGCAUGCAGUAGUGUAGGAUCGAAUGAUGGAAGUGAGGAGAUUGUGGUGAAAGAUGAGCCUUCUAUUUCCUUGUUUGCUGAGGAAGACAUAAAACCUGAUGUUAAAGUUAAAGAAGAACAUAGAAUAAAUACUGAGUAUGAGAAAAUCAAGAUUCCAUUUGAUUUUCAUGAUUUCAGUCUGGAAGUGAAACAGGAAGCCUCAGAAUGGGAAGAACCAGACUUCACAGAGACAGGAGGAAUGAUGGAAGGACAAAUGGGAGAUGUGACUGUUUCUUGUGAAGGAAUGACAGAAGGACGAGUGGGAGAUCUAGAAGUAACUGUUUCUUGUGCUCUGCCUACGGUCAGUUCUGUCAACUGUACUGUCACUUCUAGUGUCACUACCUCAGAAGUGCUCCCAGAGGCCCAAAGUGAACAAAGGGAUAGCAACGAAUCCCUGUGUGGGCCCAAGACUGGUGGUCGAAAAAAAAAGCAGAAAGAAAAAAAGAGGUACAAAUGUGAAGUUUGUAAUUCAGAUUAUGCCUCAAAUUACAGCCUGACUAUUCACAAAAGAGCACAUACAGGAGAAAAGCCUUUCAUGUGUGAAAUUUGUGGUUCAGCAUUUGCGGCCAAGAGUUCAUUAACACUACACAAAAGAGUACAUUCAGGAGAGAAACCUUACGCGUGUGACAUUUGUGGCUCAAGGUUUACGGCACUGACUAUAUUAAAGGAACACCGAAGAAGACACACAGGAGAAAAACCUUACAAAUGUGAAGUUUGUGGUUCACGCUUUGUAAGCAAUACCGCAUUAAGGGUACACAAAAGAAUUCACACUGGAGAAAGACCUUUCAAAUGUGACAUUUGUGGCGCUGAUUUUGCUAAGAGUUACGAUGUAAAAGUUCACAAAAGAGCACGACAUUUUGGAGAUAGACCUUACAAGUGUGAAAUUUGUGAUGCAGCAUUUACUGUUCCUGAGAGCUUAAAGAAACACCAAGUAGUACAUACGGACGAAAAACCUUUCAAGUGUGACAUUUGUGGUACAGCAUUUAAACUCCAACAAUAUUUAAAGGAUCACUCAAGAGUACAUACGGGAGAAAAACCAUACAAGUGUCAAGUUUGUGGUAAAGGUUUCCCACACAGUAGAAGCCUAUCAAAACACAGAAAAAUACACUCAGGAGAAAGGCCUUUCAAAUGUGAAGUUUGUGGUGCAACUUUUCCACGAAGGGACAAAUUAAAAAGACACGAAAAGAUUCAUUCUGGAGAAAAGCCUUUCCUCUGUGAAGUGUGCGGUGUAUCGUUUAACGCCAGUGUGGCUUUGUUCCAUCACAUAAAAAUACACUCCGAGGUAAAACCGUACAAAUGUGAUGUUUGCGAUGCUGCUUUCCUCACCAGUGUCAGGCGAAUCAGCCAUAAAAGAAGUCAUACAGGAGAGAGGCCUUUCAAGUGUGAAAUUUGUGGUUCUGCAUUUUCACUUCACAGCUCCUAUUACGCUCACAAACAAACACACUCUGUAGAAAAGUCUUUUAAGUGUGAUAUUUGUGGUGCAGCGUUUGUAAGUAAAAGGUACUUGUGUUAUCACAAAAAGAUACACCAAGGCGUAACUCCUUACCGAUGUGAAAUUUGUGGAGCAGCUUUUUCAAAUAAUCGCUCAAUGCAGCGUCACAAGAGAAAACACAGAGGAGAAGUUCCGUGCAAGUGCGACAUUUGUGGAGCAGAAUUUGCGUAUAAUCGCACAUUGGUGAGACACAAAAAAAGAAAACAUGAGGAGAAAACAGGUGUACAAAUGUGAAGUUGGUCAUCAUGUGUACCCUUACACAGUAGUACUAAAUAGGCUAUUCCUAUUCGGAAACUGAAAAAAAAUAUCUGAUGGUAGAGAAGGCUUUUGUAGUAGUAGCCUACAUCAUUGUAAUGUGUGUGUUAAGUUUGUAAAUUGAUAGACACAUCGACCCACAUUCAGGACUUUACAUGUACGGUACAAAACUGAUUCUAUGAACUUCCCAGAAAAUUUGUUAAUUAUGGGAACUUGCAUUGAGGAACAAAACGGGGAUUUUAAAUCCUUUCUUUCUCAGGGUUUCAGUAAUUUAGUGUACGGCUUUUUGUGAAAUAAAGUCUGUGUAUAUUAUAUAACUAUGUAUUUGAGGUGUCGUGGUGAAAUCAGGCGCUCAUCAAAAUGAUAGUCGAAGGAACUGGCAAAUUUCUGUCCGUUUGGCAAUUUUUAUAGAAUUUUUCGUUUUUGACUCAACUCCUUUUAAAACUCUUUUAACUGUUCUAUUUUUUGUUUUUCUGGGUUUUUUCCCUUUGCAAAUUUCUUGAAAUAAGGUGGGUGAUGAAAAAUGUAUCGAAAAAUAUUAUUGUAACCUACACAGAGCUGUAUCAUAUGAUAUCAAUUUGAAGGGAAAAGGAUACACAAUCAAAGUAUAUGGCAGGUGAUAUUUGAGUGAUAUACAUGUGUCACAACAGUACAAGAAAUCAUACGUGUGCAGGAUUUUUUCACGCUCAACAAGACACAUAGAGACAUACCUUAUUAUCAAAAUGUCCUGUCCUACUAUGUAUUUUCAGCCGGUAAUCCAUGUUUCUGUUUCAGCGUCAUAAUCCAAGUGUUCCCAGCAAUUUUUGUCAUAAUCCAAUGAGAAUUUUUGAAGUUAUGCCUCUUGCACUAUAAUUUAUAAUCACGUCGCGUUAUU